AUGGCCGACUUCAGCAAAGUUCCAUCAUCUGUCUCUCUCGACAUCAAGCCCUUCACAGCGCACGUUGAUGAGCAAGCGCUGCAAGACUUCAAGCAGCUGACCAAGCUUUCUCCUGUCGGCCCACGAACCUUCGAGAACGGUGGACUACAUGGCAGGAAGUAUGGCGUCACCAAUGAGUGGCUCGUCAAUGCUAAAGACCAUUGGGUCAAUCGAUUUGACUGGAGAAAGCACGAAGAGCAUAUCAAUUCUUAUCCGAACUUCACCACUCGGGUCAAGGACUUCAACGAAGCGGGCCAUGCACUGGACAUCCACUUCAUUGCUCUAUUCUCCGAGACGAAGGAUGCAACCCCAUUGCUGAUGCUUCAUGGCUGGCCAGGCUCGAUACUCGAAUUCACCCAAAUUCUCGACAUCUUGAAGAAGAAGUACACACCAGCCACACUUCCGUACCACGUCAUUGUUCCAAGUCUUCCCGGUUAUGCCUACUCAUCUGGCCCUCCUCAGGACUACGACUGGGCGGUAGAAGAUUCAGCUCUGGCGCUUGAUAAGCUCAUGACUGGUCUUGGCCUCUCAAACUAUGUUGUGCAAGGUGGAGACAUUGGCUCGCACACCGCUCGGUACAUGGGAGCACAUUUCAGUGCCUGCAAAGGUAUACAUCUCAACAUGUGUAUCAUCCGACCAGACAAUGCGGAUGAGCUGCCUUUGCUGGACAUCGAGAAAAAGGUCUUGCCUAGAAACGAUUGGUUUCUGGACGUGGGAUCUGCCUAUGCAUUGAUGCACGGCACGAGGACGGCCACGGUUGGCGCUGCCCUGAGCGCCUCUCCCAUGGCUCUUCUGAGCUGGAUUUCAGAAAAGUUUCUGGAUUGGUCAGACGAAGACCCAUCUCUCGACUUCAUACUCGCCGACGUGUCACUAUACUGGUUCACUGAAACGAUGCCUCGAUGCCUCUACUCAUACAGAGGCGAUUCGGGCGAUGACGAGCGACCAAAAAUCGCGAAGACCUCGAAGCGCGGCUGGAACAAACCCUAUGUGUCCAAGCCAUCGGGCUACUCGUUCUUCCCACAAGAGCUCAUGCCGAUUCCAAUCAGCUGGGCGAAGACAGCCUGCAAUAUGGUCUCGACGGUCGCACACGAGAGCGGUGGGCACUUUGCCGCUCUGGAGAAGCCUCAAGAACUGCUUGCAGAUGUUGAAGACUACAUCAAGAAGGCAUUUUGA